GGAUACAACAUCAUUCUCUUUUGAGCAUUCAAACAUCAAACAUCUCUCACAAAAAUUCAAAAUGUGCGUAGAAAUCUCUCAAACUCAACAAUACAACAAAAUGGAUAUCACCAUCUCCACAAAGAAAACCACCAGCUACAGCAUGAAGAAGCUAUUGAAACAAAUCUUCAAACAACAAAAAUCCCAGAAAGUUGCUGCUGCCGACUCAAUGGAAUCAUUGGAAAAUGAUCGCAAUGCCAGUUUGGAAUCGGAUUGCGCCUCCAUGGAAUCCUUUGAAAAUGACAUCAAUGAAAAACUCUCAGCCAAGCAAUUCAACGAAGAGGAGGAAUUCGACUACCCCACUACCUCAGUACCAGUUCACUUCGUUCGCACCCAUCAGGGUACCUUCUUUUGGACUACCACCAGUGUCUUUGAGCAAGUAUCCUGCCUGCAAGAUCGUUGGGCCCAGGCCUAAGAAAAAAAACUGUUUCCGACGAUAACUCAGCAAUCCAUAUCUUCCAUUCAAAAGCUUUAAAAACUGUGAUAUUUUAUAUGUAUACAUUAAGGAAACAAAAACAAUUUUAUACAAAAUCAAUUAUAUACAAAAUUUAUAAACAAAAA